AAGGAUUGACCUGAUUAGCCUUAUCAUCUUGAUGAUGAUCAUUAUUGAUAAAGAUGAUAGAGAGCAUAUUCUUCUAAUGGUUUUCUAUUUUGAUUAAAUACUAACUCUAUUUAAUUCUGAUUCUCUAUUUGAUUGUUAUGACUUGGAUAACAAUCAACAAGAUUUUACCAAUCGAUUGAAAAUUUAUCGGUCUUAAUAUUCAACUUAGAUUGUAUAUUAACAUUGAAAUUAUCAAUCUGAUUGUUACUAUUUCCUUUCCUUUUCCCCAAUUCUCACUUUUGAUUGUUACACUAAUAAUUUUUUCUCGUCCUUGAUCACAAUUCUCACUUGAUAGUUGUAAAUAAAUUGUCAACAAUCAACUAACACAAUCAUCAUCAUCUCCUCCUCUUUUUGUCAUCUUGCUCCUUAUUUUUUUUUCUACUCCCACAACCUCCACCUCCUCUCUUUCAGGUGAAAUUUUUACCUGGACAACACUAAAUGGAUUGACCGAUGUAGAAACUUGUUAAUUGUUACACUUCAUUAUGACCUGAUUUUAAAUUAUUAUCAAAUUGUUCAUCAGUUAAGGUUAAUCCUAAUGUUUAUCCAAUGUUGAUUUGUUUUCUUUUCUAAAGUGUAAUCAUUUGUGUUGUUAAUUGCGAAAAAUUUACUCUCUCAGACUAUUGAUUGUUUGAUCACCAUGAUUAAGGUGAAAAUAUGGUUAACAAUAUUGUUUCAAAUGUUUAUCAUUCUAUUGUUAUCUCAAGAAUUAGUUGGAAUAUCUUGUUAUAAGUGUCAAAGUCGCAAUGGUAUGGAUCCAUCAUGUGAAUCGGCUUCUUCGGGUGCUGGUUAUCAGGAAAACUGUAGAUUCCAACCCAUGGGACGACAGUCACAAUUUUCCGGUGAAUAUUGUAUCAAAGUGAUUGGAAAACUGAUUCCUUCACGAGAGACGAUUGUAAUUCGUGAUUGCGAUGAGAGACCUUUAAAUCGUACCCAAAUAUCUUAUUUUAAUUACAGAGGAAUCGGAAUCAAUGGAACUCAAUACUCAUGUAAGACAGAUUAUUGUAAUCAUUCAAUCAACAAUCAACCAAAUUAUCAGUCAAUUAUCAUCCCGAUCACAUGGACACUAAUUUUAGUAAAUUAUUUCCAAUCUAAACGUUGAAAUAUUCAAUUGCUACAAAUUUACCGUUUAAUCACUAAAUCUAAUCGCUACUAUUAAUAAAUUAUUAACUCACUGUUUAAUUUAA